AUGCAUUUCUUCCUUGUCGUCUCUCUUGACUUUCACUUUCCUUCCUCCUCCUAUCCUCUCUUUUGCCCUUCACUUUUCCCUUCUUCCUUGACUUUUCCUUCCACCGUCGUCCCCUUCAUUGUCUCUCCUGCCCUUCCUUCCUUCAUUCCCCCCUCUCUUUCCCCUUCAUCGUCCUAUCUCUUGACUUUUCCUUCCACCCUUGGCUUCAAUCCUUAUCUCCACUUUGCCUUCACUUCAUUUUUCGUUCUUUGA